AUGGAUUACGUUAAUCAAAAAAAUCGUGAAGUAGAAGAAUCCUAUUUAUCAAGUUUGGUCGAUCUAAGGGACACCAAUAAACCAAUGAUAACCAUGUUAUCGCUCUUGGCCGAGGAGAACAUCCAACAUGGCCAAACAAUAGUUGAUGUGAUCAAGCAGCAGAUAUCUCAGGUGGAACCUCAAUUCAAACUUCCAAUUUUGUAUUUGAUUGAUUCGAUUGUUAAAAAUGUUCGUGGCAUUUACAUUGAUUUGUUUGAUCAAUGCAUCUUUGGAAUCUUUGUUGACGUAUUCAAAAAGGUGAACGAAGAUGUUCGUAAAAAAAUGCAUUUUCAACGAAAAACAUGGGAUGCCGUAUUUUCAGCGGAAAUACUAUAUGCACUUGAUGUUGAAGUAAAUGCAAUUGAUCCCUGUUGGCCGAUGCCAGCAAAUAAUAAAAUCGAGCCGAAAAUGAAACAAGAUGACUUAUUGAAGAUUGAAAAAAUAGAAAUGGAAAUAGCAGCUACACGGAAAGAAAUAGAUAGGCUAGAUGCAGGCCCAUCACAGGCGGCAGUCGUCGUUUAUCCAGCGGAAACGUUGAAUUCUGAAAAGGCACUUGGAUUCGACCCAAACGAUAUAUCACUGGCCCAUCCAACGAGUAGUCAAAUUUUCGAAGAUGGAUUGUCAAAGAUUCGAAAAUUGAAAAUGGAAAUUGCAGAAAUGCAGGCAGAAAUAGAUAGGCUAGAUGCUGGCCCAUCCCAUGCUGGCCCAUCACAUGCUGGCCCAACACAUGCUGGCCCAACACAUGCUGGCCCAACACAUGCUGGCCCAACACAUGCUGGCCCAACACAUGCUGGUCCAUCACAUGCUGGCCCAUCACACGCUGGCCCAUCACACGUCUCUUAUUCAGCUCAAACUUCGAAUGCUGAAAAUGCAGUUGGAUACGAACCAAAUAAUGUAUCACGAAAUGAUUCGGAAGCUUCCGAAUCGUUCGGUAGCAGUAUCACCGGCAAACGAAAUAAUUGUUUUACCGAAAGUGAGGACGAUUUUGGAUCAAGCAGUGAAGAUGAAAACGUACCGCGUCUAGAGAAAUGGUCAUUAGCACCACAAGAAGAAAGGUCAUGCAAAAGAAGACGGUACGAAGAUGAAGUGAUACCACGAAAAGCUGAAAAAAUCGAAACAAAUGAUUUCUAUCAGAAAGUAUUUGCUGCUGGAAUUUUCAAUCCAUAUUUAAAUCAAAAUACAAUGGCACACCCUCGAGUUAUUUUAAUGGACUACAAUGCAGUGACUGGACUUCCUAUCAACACCAAUCAACGCAUCCCGAUUUUGGAUGAUGAUACUAUUGAUGAAGAUAUAAUGUUUGUAGAUCAAAGAAAUUCAAAUGAAAAAAAUGAUUACGAUGCUGAUGAAGUGCUCAUUUUGGACCCACACAUUCCAAUGGUUAACUUGGAUGAGUAUGAAGAGACCAAUUCAUCGUGGAAUAAAGAUGAGGAAUCGCAGUUUCUGCCGGUGGUGAAAAUCAAAGAGGAGUCCAUGUACGAAGGAUUUGAGGACGACAACAAUGAGGACGAUUGCUUCGAAGAAGUUGGUACAUACGAAGAUAUUCAAUCGCCGACACAGACAACAUUGAUCACAUUGCUUGAUGACGAAAUCGACGAGGAAGAGCAGCAAGUAGUUACGAUCGGCACAAGUAAGAUAAAAAUUAAUUUGUCCAAAGAUGUACGUUUAAAUAGCAUUUCAAGCGAGUCUAGCGGAAGCGAAACAGACCCAUGUGAAAAUGACUCAAGCAACAUUAUUGCGGCUGCCAGUAAUUUAGAAACCAAAUUUGAAGUCAAAGAUUCUAUAAAGCAUGUACAAUUCAAGCGGCAACCAGUUGUUCGACGUGGCUUUGAAACUUCAGGUUUGUGUUCGAUUAUGUAAACACACUUUGUACGUGGAAACAUUC